AUGGCUGAGUCGCAGUGGGUGCAGUUCUCCAUGCCGGGCACAGGAAAGCGCAAACGCGCCGGACUCGCGUGUAUCUCGUGCCAUUCCAAGAAGAUUCGAUGUGAUCUUCAAACUAGAAGCAACCAUGGCCAAAACAGUUGCAGCCACUGCGCGUCGGCAGGGAAAGACUGCCGCCCUCGGCCAUCUAAGCGCGACAAAGGCCGCUCGGCUGCUGAGAUUGAAGUGCCGCACACGCCUCUCCCUCCUAUUGCCAAGUCCCCAAGAGACUACCGCACGAGGCUUGCCUCCCUGCACUUGACCGUAGCGGAAAACGGUGCUAGCAUUGUCACUGACAGUGCAGAUAGGCGUGCCAGUCAAAAUCUCGCGCCUCAUGACCAAGCACAGCCGAGUCUUCUUGACUUUGACCCGGGGCUCCUCUCGCAGCCGGAGUGGGCCACCUUCCACGCCAGCACUCGAGCACCUGCGACGAGCGGCUCCCAGGAAACGCGACUGAGCAAUGGACCGUCAUCAUUGGAUGCUUGGUCGGCCAAUUGGGUACCAUCAUUCCCCGAACAAUCACAUCGAGCUCAAGUGGCUCUUCAAUUCCGACCUACCCGUGAGAAUACCGGGAAUAAUGCAAACACACGCGAUGCCAUCGACCCAGCGGCACAAUCUAAGGACAAAGAUCCGAGUAGCCUUGGUGUUUUGCAACCGGAUCUGCGCCAAAGUUUUACGGAAACGUACUUUGAAUAUUGCUACACUUGGUGUCCAGUGAUUAACCGAACGACCGUGUCGAGGGAACUCGCAGAAUCACCGCUGCUGGACAAUGCAAUUGCAAUUGUAGGGAGUCACGUUCGUCCACCCCUCAUACCACAAGCAGGGCCAGCCGUAUAUUACGAUCGAGCCCGGCGACUGUUCUAUGAUGAAGACGAGGAGAACCUGAUCACCACUCUGAAAGCCGUCUCCCUAUUCUACUGGUGGGCACCUCGGCCACCGUCGGUGGUGCACAAACACUCUUCCUGGUGGUGGACUUCAGUUGUCAUUAGACAUGCUCAACAGGCUGGGUUUUAUCGCGAGUCCGCUGCCGAAAUGGCUAGGCAUGACGAUAUUGAGCUAUGUAUUCGGCGGCGAAUAUGGUGGACCGCUUUCGCCCGUGAACGUUUGACGGCAAUAUGUCAAGGGAAACCGUGUCUCAUAGAUCCCGCCGACUGUAACAUACCAUCGCCAUCUCUGCGGGAUUUCCCGGACUUCGAAGAUAAGAGCAAAGCCGAAGUAUUUAUUUACUGGGUUCGGCUAUGCACUAUCAUUGGACGCAUAGCGAAGAGACUAUCGCUGUCGGCGAACUCAUCAUCGACUACGAACACGUUUACUGGAGAUCUGGACAAAGAACUCAUUGACUGGGUUCGAUCGCUUCCUCCUCAUUUACAGCUGCCCAUUGGGUCUAGCCAUACGCCCAGUUUUAACCGCGAUGUACACCAACUACAUCUGCCUUAUCUCGCUGUAAUCGUAGUGCUUCACCUGACUAGGUCGCCACAAUCCCUUCCACAAGCUUUGCCGCCAGCAACGCUGGCCGGUUCCUGCAUUGCUCGAAUUCUCAAAGACGUGCUUGUGAGGAGUGAAACUAGGUUUUUGAUGCCUAUUACUUGUUGGUACACCGGCAUGGGUUUUAUAGCUCUCCUGCAGGCAUCCAGAAGCGAGCGUCUCAAGGAUGGUGCCAGCGCGGAUCUAGAGAUACUCAUUCUCGCCAUCAAGGAGUUGAAGAACAUGUGGGCGACUGCCGCACUAUUUGAACAGACAUUUGAACGGCUACGAUCGAACGGCAAAUCUCUUAGCCCGGAGGAAUUUCCUAACCGCCACCUGGUGAAUGAACAAUCAACUCGUGCCCUUAACUCCGAAGAGGCAGUAUUGCACAGUGGUGUCGACUGGAUUGACUAUUUCCCCUUUGUCACCAGUGAGACGAGCGUCGUUGCUGAGAAUCUUUUGGAUCAACAGAACAUGGACUUCACUUUCUGGGAUGGCUUGGGCGAGAUGGCUUUCGACACCAUUCCCAACUACCAGGACUUCAUGGAAGGUAUUGACAGCUGGGCUGAUCCCAAUGCCUUCCUAUAG